AAAUUAAACAAUUGCAGACUAAAAAACUGAAAUAGAAAAUACCAACACAGAGCAGACACUGGUAUAUGUUCUUCUUCUUCUUCUUCUUCCGACGAGAGAAAGAGAGGGAACAAUGGCGGAAUCAGAUAAGUCAAUCCGAAACACGAAGAUGAACCCCAUCGAUCACCUUCCCCUCUGUCUCCUCAGAUCCGACACGGUCCCACCUGCCCCUACCUUAUCCGAAUCAACCGUCGAUUUCCUCCCUCACUUCUCCGGCUACUCUUGGAUCGCCUACGCCGCUUCUUCUCUCCUCGUUGUCUCCCACUUUCCUUCUCCUAUUUCCCCUUAUCAAUCCCGCAUCGGCCCCAUUUUCCGCCAAUCUUUUCAGGUCUCAGCCGAUCCCCUCGCUGCCGUCGCUUGGUCCCCUCGCUCACCCUCCUCCGGCGACCUUGCCGCCGCUGCCGAUAACUGCAUAUGCCUUUUCCACCACAAGUCCACCGCUGCCAAAGGUUCUUUUUGUUGGAGCCAGAAUGCAGUGCUUGUACAACAUACGAAAGUUGCAAACAUCAAAUGGACAGGAUCAGGAGAUGGAAUCAUUUCUGUUGGAAUGGAGGUGGUUUUCUGGAAAAAGAGCAACAAAUGUUGGGAGGUUGCUUGGAAGUUUAAGGCAGAUCAACCCCAAACUCUUGUUUCUGCAACGUGGUCUAUUGAGGGCCCUUCAGCAACUGCAGCACAUCCUAGUAAAGAACAGAUUGAAGGGGCCUUGACCAAUGAGGAAAGCAAAUGUGUGGUAGUAUGUCAAAGCAACGGACUAUCUGAAUAUUCAAAAGUCAAGCUACAUCAUCCCCUACCUGUUGUAAUGAUUCAAUGGAGACCAUCGAGAGAGAAGUUAUCAAACAGAUACGGUAAGUGUUCAGUAAGGCAUGUAUUGUUGACUUGCAGCUUAGAUGGGACUGCAAGGUUAUGGAGUGAAAUUAAUAAUGGAAAGGCCAGGAGAGUUGGGAAGGACAUCAAUGAUCAGAAAAAUGCUGGUUCCUCCUUUUGUGUUGUUGCUGUUAUUGAGAUUAAUCAGACGUUAAAUGGAACUCUUGGUUCAGAUAUAUUUGUGAGAUGGGGGGCAGAAUUCGAGGGAAUAUGUAGAACUGGUGAAGAGUCCAAACAAGUUUUUUCCAAACAAUUUGAGUAUGAUGUCAGAAAUUGUGAUUGGAUAGUUGGGUUUGGUCCUGGAAUGUUGCUUAGCUUUUGGGCUGUCCACUGUCUUGAUGAUGUUUCCCCACUGAGAUUUCCCCGAGUUACGUUAUGGAAGAGGCAUGAACUCCAAAACCAUGACAUAGCAAAUGUAUACAAGUUUAACUCAUCUGAUUUUAAAAAUGCGAUAUUUCUUCAAAAGGUUAUUUUAAUGAGAAAUUGCCUUUCUGGUCCACCUAUUAUAUGCUCAACACUUCAGCUAUUGUCUUGUAAUUCCUUAGUUUGGUCAAAUUUCCGUAUUUUAACAAUACAUGAUGCUGUGGAGAACUCCAUUGAUAAUGCUAACACAGAUAACAUUUCCCCCUAUUUGACUGGUGGUGUUUUGAACUUAGAUGGUCAUAGUGGGAAAAUCUUAAAGGUUUCAAUUCAUCCUUAUACAUGCAAAGUUCAAUUUGCUGCUUCUCUGGAUUCUAAUGGACUGCUUCUUUUUUGGUCACUUUCUAACAUUUCAAACUGCAUUUUGGGAUGUCCAACUUUGGUUCCUACUAUGGAACUCUGUGGAAAGCUUGCCACUCAAGACUCAUGCUCCUUGUACACAAGCUUGACAUGGGCACCUUCGAUACUUGGUGACAAACUGUUUUUUUUUAUGGGACAUACCCGGGGAAUUGAUUGCUUCAUUGUCAGUAUUUGUCGAACUGAAGAGGAAAACAUAGAAUGUCACUACUUAUGCACUAUUCCUUUCAAUGGUCAUGGUCCUUAUGAAGACGGGCCUUUUGAUAUCUUCACAAUUCCUUUGAACUCCACCCGUGACAAAACUUUUUGCAGCAGUAAACUUAUGCUGUUGGCAGUAUGGAUGGGGAGAUUUCAGGCCCUAUCAUGGGAAGUUAGCUUGCACUCAGUUGACAUGUUGACAAACAGUUGUGAAUGCAAUUUUGAUGCUAAAAGCAUUGAUGACUGUAGUGUUUGGGCGUUUGAAAGUACAUUUGCUGAUAAAAAAUAUUACGUUACUGUAAAUCCAUGUUCAUGUGAGUUUCCAAGUUCCAACGAUCUAGUUACUAGUUUCGCUGUGGCUAAUCCAGGCACUGUAAGCCAUAUACAACAAGAGUUUGCCUUUGCAAAUGAUCUUUGUAGUAACUAUCCUACAUACAUUAUGGUCACAGGGUCCUCCGAUGGCAUCUUGAAACUCUGGAAAAGUAUACCAGGGAACUCAUUGACACAACACUUGCCAUGGGAGCUUGUGGGUGUGCUUGUUGCACAUGAUGGUCCCAUCAAGGGUAUAUGUUUCUCUGAUUGUGGUGAGAAGAUUGCCACGAUUGGUCAUGAGAGCAAUUCCAAUGCUAUCAAUUCCAUACAUAUAUGGGAUGCUGUACCAUUAACCAGUGCAGGGACUUUUAUUUUGGAGGAUAAAAUAAAGACUGAUAGUGAUGUUAUUGCUCUAAGGUGGUUAACUUUAGGAACCGGGGAGUUAUUGCUUGGAGUUUGUUUGCAUAAUGAAUUGCAAAUAUAUGCUCCCAAGCGUUGUAUUGGUACAACUUUGUCAAACUCUGUAAAUUUUCCAAAAAUGAAUAUAUGGGUUCGCAUUGCAUUUGCUCACACUUCCAUUCCAAUUUAUGAUUUCUUAUGGGGACCUAGAGCUGCAGCAGUGAUGAUUCAUAGAAAUUACUUUAGUAUAUUUAGUCAUUGGUUGUUCCACAUGGAUAAAAAGCAAGGGAGUAAUUUUAAUCCUUGUGAUUCAAAGCCUAAUGCUUAUAAUUGUGAGGAUGAAAUAUAUGAAGACAUACUUUCUGCGGUUUUUACUGAACACAUUGGUGCUUUCAUAGAACAGACAGAUGGAGACAGUCAAGUAGAUUUUAAUUCUGUGGAGUCCAUAAAAAAAAUCAAUAUGAAGGACAAUUCCAGUAGCUUGUUUUUGGCCAAGGAACAAUUGAAAUUUGAACUUCUAACCAAGGUUGGUUUAUGGAGCAUCUUAGAAGUAACUGAGAUAAUCAGUGGACCGUUGCCUACAUAUCACCCUGAUGUACUACUUACUAAUAUCAGUUCAGGAAAAUGGAAACGUGCUUAUGUAGCUGUGAGACAUCUUGUUGAAGGGCUGACUUCUACAUAUGAUCCUAAAAGGAGACACAUCCCUAAAAGAAUUUGUCUUCCAAAUAUUGUAUUAUCUAAUUAUCUCGAAGGGUGUAUAUCAAAAGGUUCCCAGGGUAAGGGAUUUCAAUGGGGUGGGGAUUCGGCAUCAAUCACAUCAAUUUCACAGGCUCAAAGUAGCUUGUUCCCAUUUCCAUAUCAUUCAGGCUCCAAUGGUGAAAAUGAUAGCAUUUUCUCAACAAAAUCUGAGCUUAAUGGCUUUAUUGAAUCUCUGGAGAAAUUUCCUGAUUUACCACUUUUGAUUGGCGUAGAGAAGACACAGAUUCUUGCAAUUAUUGAUCUUCUUAAUGAAGUUAGUAGUGCACACUCAUCGUCUGCAUAUCAGAGUCUUGAUGAACCUGGGCGAAGGUAUUCAUGAUCAUAUUUAACAUUUGUGUGCUUUCUUGUUAUAUUUUCUUUUUGUCCUUU